AUGUCCCCGCGUCUCGUGCGCCUCACCGCCCCCCUCGCCGUUCGACCGACCGUCUCCUCUACCCGGGUGUUCAUCUCACGAUACAGCACCGCCGCCGAUGAAGACGUCAUCAAGACCUCGCAAGUACCAGCCCCAGGCUCGGGACAUGUGCGUGUGCUACAACUGAACCGACCCAAAGCCCGCAACGCCAUCUCGCGCCACUUACUCGACACGCUAUCGAAGCAAGUGAACGCCAUCGCCGCGGAAGGGGGCAACGGCCCAACCCGGGCUCUGGUCGUCGCGAGCAGCGCAGACGCGGCAUUCUGCGCUGGCGCAGACCUAAAGGAGCGCGCCGGCAUGACAAUGGCCGAGACAGAAGAUUUCCUCCUCAAGCUCCGCGCAACCUUCAAAGACCUCGCCUCCCUCCAAAUCCCCACAAUCUCCUCCGUCUCUUCCAUGGCCCUCGGAGGUGGCCUCGAGCUCGCGCUAUGUACCCACCUGCGUGUCUUCGCCUCGUCCAGUAUUGUCGGUUUGCCUGAGACCCGUCUGGCGAUUAUCCCAGGUGCGGGCGGUACAUACCGACUGCCCUCGAUCAUUGGGGUGAACCGCGCCCGGGACAUGAUUCUCACCGGCCGCCGGGUGACGGGCCCCGAGUCCUACUUCAUUGGUCUCUGUGAUCGUCUCGUCGAGGUGUUGCCCGAGGAGGAGGCGCAGGAGGGCGUUGCUCGUGAAAGAGUUCUCCGUGAGAGUAUCAAGCUGGCCCUGGAUAUCUGUGAGGGUGGCCCUAUCGCCAUUAAGAUGGCUCUGCAGGCUGUGGACGCCUAUACUCUUGGUGAGCGGGCGGAGAAUGCGGCUUAUGAGGGUGUUAUUGAGACAGAUGAUCGGCACGAGGCGCUGCGCGCUUUUGCCGAGAAGCGCAAGCCUGCUUUCCGUGGGAGGUAA